AUGCUCGCCACCACGAUAUCACCAGAGGCACCGAUCAAUGGCGUUGCGCCCGCGAAAUCCAAUGGCAUCUUCGUCGUGACAGAGUUGGAACACCAGCACGCUACGCCCAUAAGCGCCGGGCAAGAAACCAUCCAGGCGCCGCUACCCAACCCUUCGCUGGUGGUCACGGCCGAUCACCAACUCAAGGCGGAGGAAGCCCCCGUUCUCGCACCGAAGCCGGGAGAAGUAUUGGUCCACGUCAAGGCUACUGGCGUGUGCGGAUCCGACAUUCACUUCUGGAAGACGGGCCGCAUCGGCUCGCUCGUGUUCGAGGGAGACUGCAUCAUCGGCCACGAGGCCGCCGGCGUCGUCGUCCGCGUCGGCGAGGGCGUAAAGAACCUGAAGCCGGGCGACCGCGUAGCGAUUGAGCCGGGCGUGCCCUGUGGCGAAUGUUUCCUCUGCACCGAUGGCCGGUACAACCUCUGCGAAGAUGUGCAGUUCUCUGGUGUUUACCCCUAUCACGGCACCAUUCAACGGUACAAGUGCCACCCAGCCAAGUGGCUUCACAAGCUCCCCGACAACAUCUCCUACGCCGAAGGCGCUCUCCUCGAGCCCCUGAGCGUCGGCAUGCACGGCAUCCGCACCGCCGGCCUCUCCCUCGGCGUUGGCGCCGUGGUAUGCGGCGCGGGCCCCAUCGGCCUCGUCACCCUCGCGGCAGCGCGGGCCUCGGGCGCCCAUCCCCUCGUCAUCACCGACAUUGAGCCCUCCCGCCUCGCCUUCGCCAAGACGUUGGUCCCGAGCGUCAUCACGUACAAGAUUGACCCGGCGCUGGGCAACGAGGGCAACGGCAAAGCCAUCCGCGCGCUGUUUGGCGACGACGAGUACAGCGCGCCUAGGACGGUGCUCGAGUGCACGGGCGUCGAGAGCAGCAUCUGCACCGCCGCCUUUACCGUCCGUCGCGGUGGUACGGUUAUGGUUAUUGGUGUUGGGCGGGAGAUUAUGAAUAACUUGCCGUUUAUGCACAUCUCUCUUGCCGAGAUCAAGCUCGAGUUCAUAAACCGAUACCGCGAUACGUGGCCCGCUGGCAUCGCCUGUCUGAGCAGCGGCAUCCUCAACCUCAAGAGCCUCAUCUCGCACACGUUUCCUCUUGAGAGGGCCAUCGACGCCCUCACGCUUGCGUCAGACUACAGGAACGGCAGUAUCAAGGUUCAGAUUGUAGACGAGACCGAUUCGCCCAUCUUUUGA